UUGGCUGCGGCGGCCCCGGCCCGGUAUCCGGGUAAGAUGGCCGCAGUCGGCGAGUGCUCGCUCCCCGCUCCGUGGCGGCCGCUCUCCCUCACCCACGUCGAGUACCCGGCAGGUGAUUUCUCGGGUCAGCUUUUAGCUUAUUUGAGCCUUGGUCCGAUAUUCAUAAUUGUUGGCUUUGUAACGCUCAUCAUAUUCAAGAGAGAGCUUCACACGAUCUCUUUCUUGGGAGGGCUGGCAUUCAACGAGGGAGUGAACUGGUUAAUAAAAAACGUUAUCCGGGAGCCACGGCCUUGUGAAGAAGCCCAUUCAACAGUGACCACAAAAUAUGGGAUGCCGUCCAGCCACUCCCAGUUCAUGUGGUUUUUCUCAGUCUAUUCAUUUCUGUUCCUUUAUUUAAGAAUGCACCAAACAAACAAUGCGAGGUUUCUGGAUUUACUAUGGCGACAUGUGCUGUCCAUCUGCCUCGUCACAGUGGCUUUGCUAGUCUCAUAUAGUAGGGUUUAUUUGCUUUACCACACCUGGAGCCAAGUCUUAUAUGGAGGUGUGGCAGGAAGCAUUAUGGCCAUAGCCUGGUUUGCCUUCACACAGGAGAUAUUAACUCCUCUCUUCCCAAGGAUAGCUGCGUGGCCAAUUUCAGAGUUCUUUUUAAUCCGAGACACCAGCCUCAUUCCUAACAUCCUGUGGUUUGAAUAUACAGUCACAAGAGCAGAGGCGAGAAACAGACAGCGCAAGCUGGGGACGAAGCUCCAGUGACUCGGGAGGUGUGGGGACCAGCGCGCGCAUUUUGAUGGAGACAGACAAGAGCAGAGACCUGGGAGCAGCAAGGAGCCUUUUAACAGAUGGACCAAAGGAACAGGCAGGGACCAUACCCAAAACCUGAAAGCCUUUGCUCUGCUUUAGCAGCUAGCUGGAUGCUCCCUGAUGCAUGUGGGACCGUGCAGGAGUAGAAACUCAUUUUCAACACAGAUGCACAUUGCCGGUUGGAAUGUACCAUCGUGUCUACGUCAGGGGAGGGGGGAGACAAUGUCUGGUGUCAUGUUUGGGGGAGGGAAAACCAAAAAUGAAUCGUUUCUGUGA